GCGGGAAAAAGGGAACGACGGCCCAAACAGCUGGUCACCGACCGAGCGGAACUGCGCGAAAAGAAGGAUGUUACGUGUGGUGAGCGCUGCGCUGCGAGGUGCAGCAAGAGCAGCAAAUACAAAUAUGACAAAUUCUAUUGCAAAUUUCACGUAUAAUUCCAUUACAAAUUACACACAAUAUAGAGGAUUUGGAGCAUUGUCAACUAUCAUUCAGAAGUGGGCCACUGUUGGGCCUGUGCAACACAAAACAUUGUUGAAUCAUGUGACAAAAAAUUGUCCUCCUAUGCCAGUACAACCCGUUAACAUACCAGUGAGAACAGUGAUCAAGUUUUCUUUGACAAAAGGAAAGAGAAAAACUGUAAAGGCAGUUAUAAAACGUUUUUAUAGGCUAAACUGGGGUAUAUGGAUUAGAACAAAGUCAGGCCGUCACAAGCACCUGUGGCGCAAAUCAGCCGCUAGAAAGAAGAGAUUGCGAGAGCAUGUUUUCGUUAAUGCUACCCAAUCUUCGUUAUUAGACAAAAUGGUAACCAAAUACUGGCGCAGGCCACGGUUCUACGUUGAUGACCCCUAUAAUCCGUAUCAUAACCGAGAAGAAUUUUUCAUCACCAGAAAGAAGCCAUUACCUUAAUCUAUUUUAUGUAUUAAUUAUUAGAAGUAACUUUAUUUUAUGUUUCAGUUGAAAAACCAUUAAAGCUCAAGUUAC